AUGACUCGACUCGCCUCAUCGUCGGCCUCGUCGCAGGCUCUCGGCGCCCUCGUCCACCUCCGUCCCUCUGCAACCACAGCGGCACGGUUGGCGACCUCGGCGCGCAGCACGGACGCAUCCCGCCCCGCGCCGCGCUCCAACCCGUCCAAGACGCCCGCGUCCCACACCGCACCGCUCCUCCACCGCUCCCAGCUCUCGCCCUCGGCGCCCCCCGCCCUCCCCAAGAAAUCCUACUCGCCCUUUACCGUCUCGGUGGUAAAGGGCCUCGCAAAGCUCAUGGGCUACAACUCGCUCUCCUCGACCGCCAUCCGCGUCACCUCGGACCUCUACGACCGCUGCGCAGAGCGCGCACACGUCGAGCGCAACUUUUGGUACGGAGACUGCGCGCUGCCGCAGACGUACCAGACGUGGUUCCAGAUCACCAACCUGCAUAUCUACCUGCUGCUGGUGCGCUUCCGGGCGCUGCCGCGCGACGAGGCGCGCACCUACUCGCAGGAGCUCAUCAACCACUUUUUCAUCGACGCCGAGUCGCGGAUGCGCGACCGCUUUGGCGUCCAGACGUCGCGCCUCGUCAAGGGCUACAUGCGCGACAUGCACCAGCAGCACCGCGGCAGCAUCCUCUCGUUUGACGAGGGCCUCGUCGGCGGCGACGUGCGCAUGGCCCAGGCCCUCUGGCGCAACAUCUGGGGCGCCGGAUGGGGCACCAGCGGGGCAUGCCCGACCUCGCGCGCGACGUGA